AUAUUUUAACGUCCUCCCUUCAAAACCCAAAUCAAAACCCAAAUCAAAACCCGCAGUAAAUCAUCACUUUCUCUAUAUAAUCCCCUUUAAUCAAUCUUUUAACCUCUCUAUCUCUCUACUAUUCUCUUUCUUUUCAACUCUUUCUAAAUUCUCUGAAGCUUUUUUCUCGUUCAACAAUAAUGGCGGAAACCAAUGGGCUUUCAAACGGGGCCGACGUUAAGGGCAAGGUCAUCUCAUUCGGUGAGAUGCUUAUAGACUUUGUGCCAACAGUUUCGGGCGUAUCACUCGCUGAAGCUCCGGGAUUCCUUAAAGCUCCCGGCGGUGCCCCAGCCAACGUUGCGAUCGCUGUUUCAAGGCUGGGAGGAAACGCUUCUUUCGUUGGAAAACUCGGCGAUGAUGAAUUUGGUCACAUGCUUGCCGGAAUUCUUAAAAAAAAUGGAGUUUCAGGCGAUGGUUUGACUUUCGAUAAAGGUGCUAGAACUGCUUUGGCUUUCGUUACAUUGAGAUCUGAUGGUGAACGUGAAUUUAUGUUCUACCGGAACCCUAGCGCUGACAUGCUUCUCACUCCCGAUGAACUCAAUCUUGAACUCAUCCGAUCCGCAAAGGUGUUCCACUAUGGCUCAAUUAGCUUGAUUGUGGAGCCAUGCAGAUCGGCACACUUGAAAGCAAUGGAGGAGGCCAAAAAGGCUGGAGCUCUGCUUUCAUAUGAUCCUAACCUUCGAUUGCCUUUGUGGCCAUCCGCCCAGGAAGCUCGUGAGCAGAUUUUGAGCAUCUGGGACAAAGCAGAGGUUAUCAAGGUCAGCGACAAUGAGUUGGAAUUCCUCACUGGAAGCAGCACUAUCGAUGAUGCUACCGCCAUGUCUUUGUGGCAUGAUAAUUUGAAGCUUCUCUUGGUCACUCUUGGUGACCAGGGUUGUAGAUAUUACACCAAGAACUUCAAGGGAAGUGUGGAAGGGUUCAAGGUAGAAACAAUAGACACAACUGGUGCUGGAGACUCUUUUGUUGGUGCUUUGCUAGGCAAGAUCGUGGAUGACCACUCAAUUAUUGAGGAUGAAGCAAGAUUGAAGGAAGUAUUGACGUUCGCCAAUGCUUGCGGAGCCAUCACAACAACCAAAAAGGGAGCAAUCCCUGCACUCCCUACCGAGGCUGAAGCUCUGGAGCUUAUUAAGAAGAGCUCCUCUUAGUCGUUUUCAUAACCUCAUUUUGUCCUAUCUUGGCUUGUUGGCUUACUUUGUUUUGUUGGGUUUUGGUUGAUUUUCCAAAAUUUGAAGAGAAUUAGGAGAUGAAUUGAACGAAUCCUUUCUGUUGAAAUGUGGUAUCCCUAUCUAAAUUUUCAUGUUAUUAAAUAAAUAUUUUAUUUGCGUCUCUUUGCCAAUCAAAGAGGCAAUUAUAUAAAGUAUAUUGUCUAUUGUUUGUAGUUAAGCUAUGCAUAUUGGUUUAGUUUUAUAUUCUGAAUUAUUUGAUGAUUACUGUAUCAUUACACUUAUCCUAUGCCACUAUCUUGAAAUACAACUGAUGACUGCUUU